AUGAAACAAAAGAUUCAAGAUGCUAAUAUUGCAAACUGCAAACAGUCUAGACACAUAGGCCAUCCUGCUCAGAAGGUUAUUUCAGAGAGGACAACUGAAAAAGAUAGGUUCAAAGCUCAAAGCCUCGAAGUGCUAAGACACGUCAUUUGGAAGUAUCCUCUUUCUCGUCAAUCUGAAGAGGAAGAUACUCGUAGUACUGGUGCCGCCGCAGCAACCAAUCCCUUAAGCUAUAAAGCAUCUUUGGAAGAAGUGAUGUUCUUUAUAGUGGGGUUGGGGUUAACGAAUGUAGUGAAAGUGUUCAAGAUGCAGCAAAUUGAUGGAGUACGGUUAGAGAAAUUGCGAGGAGGGUCUCAAGAUCGUUUGAUACGUGGAAGGGAGGGCCACGCACCACUCAUCCUGGCAGAGGAAACAAGAGCAGCAGAUAUUCUUCCACCAACUCCUUACGAGGAUCUAGCAAAGUAUUCCUUCUCGUCAGUCCUUGAAGGUCGUUGCAGCCAAAAUCCAAACCAGAGUGAGGUCCAGGAACCAGGAAAAAUUCUGUUAACGCAUAUGGAGACAUUAAUUGAAUGCAAACGUAAAAUAGAAGUCUUCAAGAUACCUAUCCAUGCUGCUCGAAAAGUUCACAACUAA